AAUCAACCUUUCACAAGGUGCCCGUUUGGGAGAGGCCCUGGGCUGAUGGGCAUCUGGAAAGCUUUAGGCUCAGCCCGAAACUUAAAAGGGGGCAAGACUUUUCCUUAUCUUCCCUUCGUAUCCUGGAAAAAGGCUUGUAUUUUUGUCGCUGGGACUACUCAGGGUGCUCUCCCUCCUUGCUUAGAAAAGCAGGAGAGCACGAUCUGUUUCUCUGGCAGCUAGAUCUUCCUUCUCACCUGCAGCCUGGGGGAACCUCAUGGCUGGACGCCCGCAGGAGAUCGCGGACUGAAGCCGCUGGUAAGAUGGAUUCCAGCACCCUUCCAGGAGCCAGCAAGAUCUACCGGCGGAAGAGCCGACGCCAUAUGACUUGCCCCAACCCCCGGGAGAUCAACCAGGCUUUGGCCUCCAUCAGCCUGGGAGAACUGAAUCGUUCCUGCACUCUGGAGGAGCUGAUUGAGAAAUGCCUUCGCUCCUUUGAUGUGGAUGGGAAGCUGUGCACCAGCGACUUCAUGGUGAACAUGACACUAACCGUUCAUAGUUGGGUGGUCCCGUCUGCAGAGCUGGCUCGCCGUCUUCUGACUUUAUAUCAGGAAUCAGCCCAGGACAAGAAUCCUUCACGUCAGCUGAGGAUCUGCCACUUUGUCCGCUACUGGCUUGUGAAUUAUCCGGAGGCUUUUCACCUGGACCCCCACUUGGAGGAGGUGAUCACAGAAAUCUUGGAGGUGGUGAGGAACCAAGGCCCAGCAGGACACAACAAUAUGCUCGAUACAUCCUGCAUGGUGAGUCAUACCUGGAACCGUUCUCUCAGUUGCCAACACAGUCCUGCCGGUGGCAAGAAACGUAAAGUCUCUCUGCUGUUUGAUCACCUGGAUCCAGGUGAGCUAGCCGACCACCUCAGUUACCUGGAAUUCAAGGCAUUCUGCCGUCUCUCGUACUUGGAUUUCCAGAAUUACGUGCUGCGUGGAUCUGUGCAUGGAAUCUCAGCCCUGGAACGCGCAAUUACUCUGUUCAACAGCAUCUCCCAGUGGGUGCAAGUGAUGAUCCUGAAGCGUCCCACACCCCAGCAGCGAGCAGAAGUCUUCACCAAAUUCAUCCAUGUGACACAGAAAUUAAGGCAGCUGCAGAACUUCAACACGCUCAUGGCAAUUGUGGGAGGGCUUUGCCACAGCACCAUUGCUCGCCUCAAGGAGACCCAUGCGCUUCUACCUUCCGAGGUCACCAAGGUGCUUGCCGAAAUGACCGAACUGCUUUCGUCAAGUGGAAACUAUGGGGCGUACCGUCGGGCCUACGCCGAUUGCAAAGACUUCAAGAUCCCCAUUGUGGGAGUCCACCUCAAGGACCUGGUGACCUUGCACGAAGCCCUCCCAGACCGCGUUGAGGGUGGACGUCUCAACUUGAGCAAACUGCAGAGGCUCUAUGAGCCGGUGUGGGAAUUCCGGUUGCAGCAACGGGCUCAGCCGCCCUUUGAAGCCAACAAGGACCUGGUGCACCUGCUGACGCUCUCCUUGGACCUCUACUACUCUGAGGAGGAAAUCUACGCCCUCUCGUACUCUCGUGAACCUCGCUGCCUCAAAUUGCUGCCGUCCACCCACUUCAAGCCCCCGGUGGUUGUGGAGUGGGCGCCCAGAGUAGCCAACAAGUCGGAUCGUCUCGCCGUCAAGAGGCACGUCCAGCAGAUGGUGGAGUCCGUGUUCAAGAAUUACGAUCCUGAUCAACGAGGUUGCAUCUCUCAGGAGGAUUUCGAGACCAUUUCGAUGAGUUUCCCUUUCUCCUUCUAUGGCCUGGAAAGAGAACGGGAAGGAACCUGGAAUCGAGACAACCUCUCAGAGUACUUCAUGAGGGCCUGCGCCAUCUUCUCCAAGCUGGGCCAUGUGGUCUUGCAUGAUUUCCAAGAGGUCACCUUUAAAAAACCCACCUUCUGCGACCACUGCGGUGGCUUUCUAUGGGGAGUCUCCAAGCAAGGAUACAGAUGCAGGGAUUGUGCCAUGAUCUGUCACAAACACUGCAAGAAUCACGUAGAGGUGGAGUGUCACACCCGCCGCUUCCCUUCUUCUUCCUCCUCCUCCUCGGACAGCACACCGCGCACUUCCACAGCCACGCUAGCUAUGAGUUACCAUCCCAGCUCUGGCUCAGAGGAAGACAUGUUUCUCUUCCCACCAGGAUGGGAACAGGGCAAGAGUCCCGUGGUCUCGUUGUCCAGCAGCCCGGGCAGCCGGAUGGUCAAACAUGCCAGCACUCAGACCGAGCAGGCUACCCCGGCAGCUGAGGAGCAGGAGGGACAGCCGGCGGAUGGUUGCAACAAGACCCAGAAGCAGCUCCUGGAACUGGUGAAGGAGCUGGAAAAGGAACGGGACAGGCUGCUGACCGCCAACCGGAGUCUUCAGAACCGCUACACGCAGCUGGAAGCCGAGAACAGACGGCUCCUGAAAACAGGCAGCCCGGGAUCCCUCUACGAAAUCGCGCCUCGGUUUAUCUGAAUCAGCUUACCUCUCUCUGCCACGAACUCUAGGAACUUAAGAGGGCAUUCCCGGCGGGCAAGCAUUGAGCCUCGACGUGCCGAAGCAGGAGAAGCAACUGGCGGAGGAAGCCGUCAGCUGAAAAAUUAAAACGGCAAAGAAGAAGAAAAUUUUGGGAGCUGAGAAUAGAUGCUGUCCUGGGGUUGUUGGGGUUUUUCUUUUCUUUUGUUAAUUUCCAGCUGAGGAUCUCUCUGGUUAACCGUCUUCGCAGUCCUAGAAGGAACAGUGCGAAUCUGACCCCUUUACCACGCAGCUUCGGAUUUGUAAUUUAUUUAUUAUGUUUUUGGGUUGUUGUUUUUUUUUUCAAAUGUACGAGCUGCCCCAUUUUAUGGCUCUGGCAGCUUUUGGGGAUUUGUAAAUAAAGAGCACAACUUGGAGAAUUCA